AUCUAGUCAAAAUUUCUUUCUGCCAUCACUUUUCUGCUACAUAUACUACCCAACCCACACCAGUGUCUCAGGAGAAGUGGAGACGCAUGGCAGAAGUGGUGAAGCUGCUGUAAAUUGACGCGCCUUAGCCGACUCGCGUCUUAUCGUGGCUUGACGGUCGGCUUCUACUGGACGGACUCGCUUUACCUGCUCCGAGGGACACCUUUUCGAUACACGAGUCUACGAACAAUGGCCGACGAACAUGAAACCCCAUCCUCCGCGGAGGAGGAAACCCAGGUCGAGUCGCUUAUCCAGGGACGCGCCAAAAGAAGCACCGCAGGGCUUCACAUGUCGGCUCUUCUGGAUGCUGCCGCAGACGACGACCUUGCACUUCUGUUUGAAGAAGUCGAAGACGACAAUGAGUUCGCCGUGGAUGCAGAGGAAAUGGGCGGAGAGGAGGAUGAUAUGCGCUUUGAUACUUCGUCGGAGGAUGAAGACGACCAAGGACCCAGCGCCAAGGACGACGACUUUGAAGGUGAACAGCAGCUACAGAAGGAAGAGCGGGCAGAUAAGAAGAAGAAGAGAGCGAAGGACGAUCUACGAUAUAAGAUAGCCGCCAAGAGAGUCAAGAUCGAUCCCACCGCCGUGUCCGCAGUGCCUGCCCCCCGACCGAAAAAGAAGUCCGAACGCGUUUCGUGGAUUCCGACCCCCGAAGAAGGGCCAACGAGGUCGUCGUCUCGUCGACAAACCAUGCAGAACAAGGAACUCACGCAUGCACGACUCAAAGAUAGCGAGGAGAAGCGCAUCCGUCUCAUAGCGACCAUGGAGGAGGCAGCGAAGCGGAAAGCUCAAUUUAAGCCGAAGGAGAUGACGCAGGCCGAACGUCUUGCCGAAGCUGAGAGGGUAGAACGGCACAAUAGCAAGAGUCUCAACAGAUGGGAGGAAAUGGAGAAGAGAAAGGCCGAGGAAAGAAAAGCGAAGAUCGAGGCGCUGCAGAACCGUCGUCUCGAAGGUCCGGUCAUGUCAUACUGGAGCGGUAUAGCCACUUGGGCUGACGGUCGCUUAACGCGCGUCGGCAAAGUCGAUAUCACCCCCAAGCCAGAAAAGGAGGACACUACACGCAAGAAAAGCAAGAAGUCGGACAAAGAAGGGAAGAAUGUGACGGAGCAAAAGCCGACCGAGGAUGGUGCUACUGUUGAGCCUGCCACGCCGCAAGCAGCCCCUCCCGCUACCAACGAGGCCGAAAAACCCAAGGAUUCAGUUGAAAUUGCUGGAGGGGAACCUGUGAAGGGAAAUCCCGAGCCCUCAGAAGUCCCACCAACUGAUACCCGCCCCGUUCAAGAGGGCGAUGCACCAUCAGAAAGCAAAACUACCAUUGCCGAUAGUGAAGCCUCUCCAUGUGCUCCCGAAGCUGCAUCUGCAUCUGCAACUGCACCUGCACCUGCAGAGGCUUCAGCCGCUGCCCCGGAGCAACCGUCCACUUCCGCGCCCGUAGAGGCGUCGGGUACCGAGAAGUCGUCAGAAUUGCCUCCCGUUGAUGUUGAGCUUAAAGAUACAGAGAUGAAAGAUGCAGAACCACAAAAUCCCGUUCAGGAUACAGCUUCACCUGGUGGGGAAGCAGAAACCGACAAAGCAGAGAGUAAAGUCGAGAAACCUGACGCAGAGAAACCAGAAAAGGCUACAGAAGCCGCAGCUCAAGCUCCGCAGUCCUCGGCGCAACCCUCUGGCGACGAGACUUCUGCAGCCGAACCCGCAAAACAACCUGAGGUAGAAGUACCAGCUACACAGCCAAAACCCAGCGAAGCCGAACAACCUACAGAGGAAAAUCUCAGCGAUGGAAAGAAGGAACCUAUUUCUGAGCCUCUUGCAACUACCGGCCAAGGGAUAGAGGCAGUCGCAGCUUCGGAGGAGCUCUCGCCUACUGCAGUGCCGGCCGCUGCUGAUGCACCUUCCCAAGCCGACUCACUUAAAGAUGCCUUGGUCCCAACACAGUCUGAGAAGGAUACUCCCGAGUUGCAUGCUAAUCAGCCAAAUGUCGUCACUGAAGACGCACCACAAGUAGUGGUCCCUCAACCUCCUUCAAUCAUUGAACAAACGGGACGCAACCUGACGAUCUUGGAAAACUUUGAUGAUAAGACGGCUCAAAGUCGCGAGUUCAGCAUUUAUUUCAAUGCGAAAAAGCCUCCGAGGCUGACCAAGAUCUCCUCAUCCCUUUGUGUGAUCACAUCACUGCCCUCCCGCUAUCGAGAUCCUGACACGUCUCUUCCAUUCGCAAACGCCUAUGCGUAUCACGAAAUCCGAAACGCCGUGUCGCAAAAGUUUAGUUGGAGCCCAAUGCUUGGGUGCUAUGUCGGCCCAGCUGGAGUAGCUGCACGUGGAGUGCCGGCCAGAUUUUUGGGCGGACCUGAAGCAAAGGAGGAAACCAAGGAGCUUGCACCAUCGACCGUGGACGAUAAGGCUCCCAACGAUUCUCCUGCGACCAAAGCGAAUGGGGAACCAAAGGCUCCAGCUGCAGCUGAGGCCUCGAAGACCGCUACUCCUGACCCUGGUUCGGCUGCUGCAUCUACUCCCACCCCGGCGGCCACGGGAGAUCCAAUGGAGGUUGAUUGA